AGCCGUUCAAGUUCAUAUCGUUGACAAUUUUGAGAGUCACCGUCGAUUUUCUCCACAGCCGAUUCGAUUCAUCAGCGCAACCGCGCCUUGGAAAAGUCUUGCUCAUUCAGGGAGGAGUUCAUUUUGCACGUUACCGAGCAUAGCAUAGCCCAACGUUUUCCUUUCUAUUUGCUUUUUCAAGGCCACACCGCCGAAGUCACUGCCGUAUCAUGGCGUUUUCUACCACAUUUGCAAGACUCUGAGUUCAAGGGAAGAAGAACAAGUCGAGGAUAUGCCUUGGGGCGUUUUCAGGGAGUUUGGAGAAGACGGAUGUUUUCCCUGUCCAGAUGAAUUUUGCCCGUCUUCACCACCUUAUUCAUGUAUCGUCUUUAGUCAAGAAAAUUGCCUCGUUUGCCUUGCAAUUUUGAGUCAACGAUCCAUAUUCCUACAAUGCUCCGGUGCCAGGAUAUUAUCUCACAGUCAAGCCAAUCAUCUCUUAUUGCAAGCCACAAUCCGGAAUUGCCAGCCAUUUUCUCCAACAAAUUCGCCAUCAAAGGAGAGUCUCAUCCUGCAAAAUGCUUCCAUCCCCAAGUCAUUCAGAUCAGAGUGCGACUAUGUGCGGACAAUUCAUUUAAAAUCCAGGUGGAUUGUCGUUGAAGCUGGGGAUAUAGCAGUGCGAGCAGAACAUAAAAACAGGUAGGUGAUGCGGACUGACGGAAGUCCAUCAUGUGCUCGCUUCUUUGA